GUGCUGACGUCUGUGGCGCUGGCUGCGCACGAGGCUCUGGGCGACUGCGAGGCUCUGUUGCUGCUCGUUUCCUGCUUCAUCAACUACUCGGGGGCCUGCCGGAGCUUCAGCAAAGCGGCGGGGCGAGGAUCCGUGCACCUGUUGGAGUUUUUGGCGUCGCGAAGUGUUGCGGUGCGCGAGUUUGAGGCGGCGGUGCUUGUGGCCGUGAAGAACCGCGAUCUGCUGGUGCUGCAAUGGUUAUUUGGGUACAGACCUGGUGCGAGGCUUUCGACGCGGGUCUUGGAUCAAGCGGCGGCUUCAGGGGACUUGAAGAUGGCACAGUGGCUGGUGGAUCACGCCGCGCCUCGGAGCUUGAGCUGCUCGCAGCAAGGUGCCCUUUACGCAGCGGAGCGCGGUGAUCUGGCCAUGCUACAGUGGCUGGAAGAGCUGUUUUACUUUGAGUAUUCGCCUCGUAUAUUGGACGCUGCAGCGAGAGGCGGAUACUUGGAGGUCGUCGAGUUUCUGCAUCGACAGAAGGCCAAGUGUACAACGAGAGCAAUGAACGGGGCGGCUGCGAACGGACACCUCGACGUUGUGGAAUGGCUGCAUAUUAACCGGAAGGAAGGAUGCGCACAAACGGCGAUGGACGGUGCUGCUGCGAACGGAUACUUGCCAGUUGGUCAGUGGUUGCAUGAGCAUCGCGA